AUGUCGGCAGUUACGGAGGUUCAGAACACCACAACCGAGGCCCUGGCCGCCCUGGUAGACGGGGGUGAAGACGCCCUGGUGACGCUCGUGGCGGGCGAGACGAGGGUGGCGGCUCACAGGGCCGUGUUGGCAGCCGCGAGCCCCGUGUUCGCAGCGAUGUUCGCGCACGACAUGCUGGAGGCCAGCUGCGGCCGAGUGAGAAUCGACGACGUGGAGGGCCCGGUGUUGAGGCUCCUGGUGGCCUACACGUAUACCCUGCAGGCCCCCCAGCUGCCCGACACGGCCCACCAGUUGCUGGCAGCGGCCGAGAAGUACGGCUUGUCGGCCCUGAAGGCUGCCUGCGAGCGGCAGCUGAUCUCGCAGUUGGCCGUCGAGACCGCAGCGGCGACAGCCGUCAGGGCAGUGAGGCACUCGUGCCCGGACGUCACCAGGGCUGCCGUCGCCUUCAUAAAGGACCACCUGCAGGUGGUGGCCACGCAGGGCUGGGCGGACGCUGUGCUCGAGUAUCCACAAGAAGUCAAUGAAGUCGUCCGUCUGCUCAGUGAGCCACCAGCAGAAGCCAGGAGCCUUUCUGGGGAAGAGCGAGGCAGGAGGCUGAUAGAGGCGGCUGCGGUGGGGGUGGUGGAGGAGCUGCUGCUCUCUGCGGCGUGCGACCCCAACGCCAGGACUCUGCUGGGGCGGACGCCGCUGCACUGGGCGGCACGGAAUGGCCACGCAGAAGUGGCGGCUGCGUUGCUGCAGGCCGGAGCCGACAGGGGAGCGGCGGAUGCAGAUGGGGAGAUCCCCCUGGACAUCGCCAGGGACGAAAACCAGCAGCAGCUCGUUGAGAUGCUAACGCAGUGUUAA